AAAUCCUUCCUAGAGUUAGUUGGAGGUGUGUUGCCCCUGACAAAACAGCUGAGGGAAGACGCCAAUCAUGUGGCGAAACCAAAACCCCUGAGAAAACUGAGGCGGCAGAGGGCAUGAUGACCGGUGCGGCUGAAGGUCAGGUGUCUGUGGAACUUCUUCAGGAACACCUCUGGGGCUGAGGACCAGAAGCCUCCAGAAGGCUUGGCUGGAGGGUGGGGCUCACAUUGAGCUGCUCCUUGGGGCGGCUGAUGGAGGUCCGAUCACAGCAAGGGGCACGCACAUGCCUGUGUGCUGCUGGCCGGAAGCCACAAGCACACUGAGAGGAGAAGAAUCCAUCUGGGGAUGGGACUGGUUUUUCCUAACUGGGUCCAGAACUCCUGGUCACUGCUAGAAGGUUUCUCAACCACGUGCACCCAGAGAUCUGAAGAGCCAUGGUGAGAAGCUACUGAAGCCCAGGAGGAUGGGGCUGCUGAGCAGCAAGAGGCAGGUCAGCGAGAAGGGCAGGGGCUGGAGCCCUGUGAAGGUCCACACCCAGAGCAAGGCUCCCCCACCCCUGCCACCCCUGGUUGUCUUCAACCACCUUGCCCCUCCACCUUCCAAUCAGCACCCAGAUCAAGAGGAGCAUUUUGUGGUGGCCCUGUUUGACUAUGCCGCUGUGAAUGACAGGGACCUGCAGAUACUGAAGGGAGAGAAGCUCCAGGUCUUGAAGAGCACUGGAGACUGGUGGCUGGCCAGGUCGCUCAUCACAGGAAGAGAAGGCUAUGUUCCCAGCAACUUUGUGGCCCCAGUGGAGACCCUGGAAGUAGAAAAAUGGUUCUUCAGGACCAUCAGCCGGAAGGAUGCCGAGCGGCAGUUGCUGGCUCCGAUGAACAAGGCCGGUUCCUUCCUCAUCAGAGAGAGUGAGAGCAAUAAAGGUGCCUUUUCCUUGUCUGUGAAGGAUGUCACCACCCAGGGGGAGAUUGUCAAACACUAUAAGAUCCGCUCUCUGGACGACGGUGGCUAUUACAUCUCCCCUCGAACCACCUUCCCUACCCUCCAGGCACUGGUGCAGCACUAUUCUAAAAAAGGAGACGGUUUGUGUCAGAGGUUGACCCUGCCCUGUGUGCACCCAGCCCCCAAGAACCUCUGGGCCCAAGAUGAGUGGGAAAUCCCCAGGCAAUCUCUCAGGCUGGUUCGGAAACUUGGGUCUGGGCAGUUUGGCGAAGUCUGGAUGGGUUAUUACAAAAAUAACGUGAAGGUAGCCAUCAAGACCCUAAAGGAGGGAACCAUGUCUCCAGAAGCCUUCCUGGGGGAGGCCAACGUGAUGAAAACCCUGCAGCAUGAGAGGCUGGUUCGUCUCUACGCCGUGGUCACCAGGGAGCCCAUCUACAUCGUCACUGAAUACAUGGCCAGAGGAUGCUUGCUGGAUUUUCUGAAGACGGAUGAAGGUAGCAGAUUGUCCCUUCCAAGACUGAUUGACAUGUCAGCUCAGGUCGCAGAAGGGAUGGCUUACAUAGAGCGCAUGAAUUCCAUCCACCGCGACCUACGGGCAGCCAACAUCCUGGUGUCUGAGACCUUGUGCUGCAAAAUCGCUGACUUCGGCUUGGCCAGGAUCAUCGACAAUGAAUACACUGCCCAAGAGGGGGCCAAGUUCCCCAUCAAGUGGACUGCCCCAGAGGCCAUCCACUUUGGGGUGUUCACCAUCAAGGCUGACGUGUGGUCCUUCGGAGUCCUGCUGAUGGAGAUCAUCACUUAUGGACGCGUUCCCUAUCCAGGAAUGAGCAACCCCGAGGUCAUCCGCAGCCUGGAGCACGGCUACCGAAUGCCAUGUCCAGAGACGUGCCCGCCGGAGCUGUACCGUGACGUCAUCACCGAGUGCUGGCGAGGCAGGCCGGAGGAGCGGCCCACCUUUGAGUUCCUCCAGUCCGUGCUGGAAGACUUCUACACAGCCACGGAGGGCCAGUACGAACUGCAGCCCUAGCAACCAAAUGGGCUCUGCAGGCUCCCUGCCUCCUCCCACGGGGUGCUGGCUUCGGGUUACAGGCUGUAUUGUCAAGGUUUGGCAUACCUGCUUCUCGGGUGAGGGAACCGGUAGACAAAGGUGGCUUCGUGGCGGGACAUGGACUCUCAAGGCCCAAUUUUAGUUCACCCUGGCCUUGGUCCACCCUUCACCAGCUAUGCGACUUUGAACAAGUUACUUAGCGACUCUGGGCCUCCUAUUCCUUGCAUGUAAAACAAGGAAGGAUUGUGUAAGAACUGACCUCCGGUUGUGCUCGGGCCGGCCAGGGCACUGAGAGCAGAGUCUGAGCUGUUAGUAGUGGACAGUAAGGCUGUCAUAACCUAGAGGGUGGCUGGUGGCACGUGACCAGAGCUCCCACCUCCCUGACCUUCACGUGGCUCCCUGUCUGCUGCUCCGGAACCACUGGCUGUGCCCCCGCACUUUGGGACUUUUCUAUAAUAAAGUCAUGAGAGUUUUGCCUUUUU